AUGCUAUGCUUUGAGGUUCGAGGCCCAAACAUGUUCAGAAACAACUUAUGGGCAACUGCAGAAGCUUUCAGAGUUGCUGAUGCUCCUGCCAAGGUUUUCUUUCUUCUGAUGGAAAACAAUGAGGAGAUUCUUCCAUUUUGCACACAGAUUCUCCAACUGUCGAGGCGAAGUGUUCGAUACGUCCGUGCAUCAAACUUCCUGUGUUGCUGGGACCUCCUCCACUUGUUGAGGAUUGGGGAGAAGUAUGACAAAAAAGGCAAGAGGUAUUGGGAUGUCUUCUACAAGUACCAAAAGGACAAGGUUAGUUCGCAGGAGGGUGUUGAAACAAAGAAACUUGCUUCGGAUAUUGCUGAUAUUUCCAUAAAAGAAGAAUCCUCAAGUUCUCCCACUACUAGUAGUAAUCAAGAUGGUGGUUUCUUGUGGAAGGAUGGUUUUGCAAAUAAUGCGGACUCUAUAAAGGAGGACAAAGUUGGUUCUUUGUCUUUCACCGUAACCAGUGUGAUUUCACGUCAGCCGAAUGAAUUGAACAAGAAAUCAGUUAUGAGUGAUGGGAUGAAUUCGAUUCAGAGGUCUCCACAACUGAAGAGUCCUGUUGCAAAGCUGGCAGCUCGGACCAAAGUUCCUUUUGGAAAAGGAUAUAGUCAAAUGGAUUGGCUUAAGCUUACUCGGACACAUCUUGACCUUGCAGGUUCUCUUAAUCUAUUGCCUUAGUUUUUUUAUUUAAAAAGAUGACUCUACUUAGUUGUAGUUUUGAAUGAUAAGAAUACAUGAAGCUUUUGGUUGAUUAUUGUAGCUGAAUUUAAAAUAAGUUGCACAAAAAUUAUAUAUGAAACAUCCCCUUAUAUAUGAAUGAGUCUGAGUAUUAUUACCUGGC